AUGUACAUGCUGGAUAGCACCUAUUUCUUGUUCGUUUUCAAGAAACCGACACCGAUCACGACUCCGAUUCUUCACCAGAAGAUUGACCGCGUCAUCGAGCAGGAAUCACCACGUCAAAAUCUUCCUAUCAGCUAUGCAUUGCCUCUUAAAGAAGCCAGGGUUUCCAACGUACCACGAUCCGUUUACGCUGCUCUUUCAAAUGUGCAGUUUCCUGGAAUAUUCGAUCGUGAAGGUGAUCCACCAGUGAUGGUGGAUGUCACAUCAACAACUCUUCCCAGUAGAGCUGUCGAGAUCAACGACGGACUAAAUACGAAUGAAAUUAUUGUCCAGUUUAUGGCAUUUAAACGCUUGAACAAACAUGAAGCUGCCCGCCGAUACGCCAAACCUGUCUUCACGUUGCAGUUCUAUCUUGUCGAUUCAGAUCACCACCGAAAGAUCAGGAACUGCAGAUUCGAGUUUAAUAGCUUUUACUCUCGGAAUCGAAAUAACACCAACGGCGAACCGAGCAUUUUGAUGCGACUGAAUCAGAAUGGUGAAGAACAGAAAGAAAAUGGAGCUGGCUUUGCAGCGAAAUAUCUUGUGGAUCGACAACGUCAAAACGAGGACGAUCGCGAUGAGUUCAUCAGCUACCUCAGCACAAACUCACUCUGUAUUGAAUCCUGGGAUGCAGAGUCUUUGAUUUAUCUCGGCGCAUCCUAUGUGCCACUUCAGGUAAAGCGUGUUAUUUGUUGCCCUGCAUUUUUUUAUACUGAAGCUUCGUUUAUAUCAGAGAACUGGUUGUUCCUCUUUUAG